CCGUAACCCUUGACUACAUUUGUGUUAUUUGUUUUAAUAUCUUUCUAUUUUUCUGCUUUUUAUUUUGUUUACAUCUUCUUUAUCCUGUGGCAUUUUAGUUUGAACUUACGUAUUUCACUGUUUCCGUGUGAAAUUGUACGUAUGCAAUUCUACACUUAAUCCUCAAUAUUAACAAAUAAAAGUCAAAUAGGCUACAAUAAACACAACAACAAAAAAGAUCAACACAUCCGGUGAUUGUCUCAAUUCUGGCCCUUCCGUCUCCUGGAAACCUCCGUCUCUUUGGUUCCUACCUCUUUGGUUCCUACCUAAACAAAAAGCUCCGAUGGAGAAUUCCACCCUCUCACAAACAUCCCAGCCUCGGGCCAGUUGAUUCACGCCAACUCAAGCCCGGGAUUAUCGUCAAAGAAAUCGAGCUUCUGUCAUCCGGCCCGCCGCGUCUUUCCGGUAACGUAACUUUCAACCGCCGCUUAUUUAACGCGUUGCGCAACAUCCCCAGCAGCUAGCGGCCGCUCCCGGGGGUCCCUGCGGCGGACAGAUGACAAGCGGUUUGUCGGUCACCGGCGGACUAAAACGGGUCUGACGGCCCCCCCGGAUCGGUUGGGAUCGGUUCGUCUUGGCAUGUCGAGGACGGUUUGUUGAUUGGAGCUAGCUACCAGUCACCAUGAGCGCGAUGCGCGUGGACGCCAAAGUGGUCAUGCUGGGAAAGGAGAGCGUGGGGAAGACCAGCCUGGUAGAGAGAUACGUCCACCAUCGCUUCUUGGUCGGGCCCUACCAGAACACUAUCGGUGCUGCUUUUGUUGCCAAACCAAUCCAGGUUGGAGAGAAGGUGAUCACGCUGGGAAUAUGGGACACGGCGGGAUCAGAGCGCUACGAAGCCAUGAGCAGGAUCUACUACAGAGGAGCCCGGGCCGCCAUCGUCUGCUACGAUAUGACUGACACCAGCAGCUUCCGGCGAGCUCGGUUCUGGGUGAAGGAGCUGCAGAACUGUGAGGAACACUGCAAGAUCUACCUGUGCGGCACUAAGAGCGACCUGAUCCAGGGGGAUCGAAGCCUGCGGCAGAUCGACCACCACGACGCUCAGGACUUCGCUGACGAAAUUGGCGCUCUGCACUUUGAGACCUCCAGUAAAACGGGGAAUCACGUGGGUGAGUCGUACGUUCAGUCGCCCCGCGGGACGCUUUCAGCACGGUGCAGCUGGAGGAAACGAGCUGUUCCAGAAAGUUGCCGAGGAUUACAACACCAGCGCCUUCCAGUAUAUGACAGGUGACUGUUCCACAGAGGAGACGGGAGUGGACCUGGGCCAGAAGAAGGACUCUUAUUUCUACUCCUGUUGCCAUAACAACUGAUGCUGGGGAAACAAUGAGGGGAAACGCCACCGGUCCGCGCUGUCUGAAAACUGGGCCCUGCAGCUGGAAUCCAAAUCACAGAAGAAAGGACAAAGCAAACAAACAAGCAGUUCUGUUAAAAAAAAAAAAAACUUCUUUGGUUUAUUUCUUUGGUGCCACAAAGAACUGACGGCUUCAAGACUUUAUGGACCAGGAUCCAUUGGCUGGCAGAUCACCAGAUCACCCCCCCCCCCCCCCCCCUCAGUUUGGUGCUGUGGCUUCUGGAGCGCGGCGGUGAAGGCGUCUGAAUCGGUGGCGUUACAACUGGGGCUUUUAGUGCGGCGUGCAGUGCUUCCGGAGGGGGGGGGGAGGAGGGGUUCGUUUACAGCGGUUUGGUUUUUGGUUGACACAUUUAACCUUGUUGUCAUCUUUGAUGAAGCGUUGGACAUGGAGUGAAGCUCCAGAGAAGCAGAAGUACUUAAUCAAAGUGAAUUAUUCUUUUGGAAAUUGGGUGAAACUCAAGAAUGAAUUGAUAUCGAUGAGCCUUACAGAGGCACUAUUACUCCGUACUAGAUCACAUGGUCACAUGGUCACGUGUGGCACUGAACAUCUAUUAUGGUGGCGAUUUAAUUGGCGACUAUAAUGCCAACUUCUUUAAUUUCAUCUGCAUGGCCCGAGCUCGGCGAAAGAAAAUUGCUACAUUUUUACAUUUUUUUGAAAAUGUGACUUUCAGUCAGUGAAACGUUCCUUUCGAAACUCCGAAAGGUUCAAAGAGACAAAGUUCCCCUCCUCUGUGGUGAGAAACUGAGUAUUUCACCAACAAGGGAAGAAAACCCGUUGCGGGUGAAUGUUGCAACGCGGCCUAAAAACUGUCGUCAUCUUAAUGUCCUCCCAACAAUACUCGCAGCUGUGUGUGACGUGAACACUCUUAAUUUAUUGCCUUUUUAAGUUUGUGCUGCCAGGAAGAUGAGGGGAAGUAAACUGACACGAUAUCAACUCCCCUCAUGUUGCUGCUUUAAAAGUGUUGACAUUUUGAUGCACAAUAUUUUAUACUGAAAGUCUGUAUAAGACGCUCCGGUGUAAAGUACAAAUAUGUUCUGUGUAAUUAAAAGCUUGUUCAAAUGUUUUUUAUAGUGAUUGAUCCAAACUGUUUUGCCUUUGUGUAUAAAUUGAGCUUUUUAUGCAUUUUGAUUGGGUGGGGGGGGGGAAAUGGCCGUACGCUGUUGGUUUGAAUCAAAAAUCGAAUGCAAAUCAUCACCAACCUUAACAGCGUGAGCUGGAUCUGUGGUCAAAGGAAACCUGUGUUUGGGGUUUCCAGCAGCUUUGUCUUAUUUCACUUGUAAACUACUUUGCUUCAUUCCAAGGUCGUGCCGUCACCCCGAAGGGAAACAUCCACGUGAAAGCUGGUGCCUCAAAAGGGACGUUACAAUACGGCAAAUAAAACCACUAUAAAUCACAAGCGCUUAGUGCAUCACCUGCGCUUUGUACUGCAAAACAUAAUGUGCGUUCUGAUCAAACGAUCAACUGCCCUCUUUGACUCAUUUAGGGACUUUCUGACAAAAAGCUCAGAUGAGCUACGCCACUGGAGGAUAAAAGGUAUUCGAUUCUGAUCCCUGACAAAGCAUCAAAGUCUUAAAUUGAGAUUUUCAAAACCUCAUUGUCCCAUAAUAAAUGUUGCUUUUAGGUUUCAUACGGCUUGGAGGUGCAGAAAGAACAUGCAAUAUAAACAUGUACUUACAAGUCAUUGUAGGCUUUAUUGUCCCCACUGAUCAUCCAUUGACCUUGAAAAAGACCAAAUUGCAUUGUGGUCCUUCAUUCGGGCAGAAACCCUGCAUUGAAAAUAAAUAAAGUUUAAAACAAGUAGAGAAAUGAAAAGCAAAGACAACUUGAUUUGACUAAACGGAAUCACACUUGGUUUACGCCUCAUUCCUAAUUUACAUCGUUCCUGCUGUUAUAAAAAAGGCUGAUUCAUUAUUUAUCAAAUGAAGGGUUUAAGAUGCAUUAUGUUGAAUGUAUUGAUACAUGUUUACACUCUUGUACACUUUGGCUUGUGAUAGUAUUUUAUUUGCCAAAUGUGUAUUUUAAAUCUUUACAUGCGAUGAGUUGGUUUCCACUUUAUCUCUUUUUUUUUUCUUUUUUUUUUAAAUCACCCGCACAGUUGGUUCUACUCAUUUCAGAUGCUUAGAGCUCCUCUGUGGCUUCGCCUUCCUUCUCAUGGCCGAAUCCAAGAGACAAACGUCUCUGGCAACAUCUACAGGUUGUGAGAAGUGAAAAAUAAAGUUUACUGCUGCAUUGUC